CACGCAUGUGUUGCUCCCUACUGCAGCAACGUGCAUCAGUUCCUCUCUGACCCCAGCGUUGAUCUGCAUUCAAACUGAGGCUCCGCUGCUUUUCUCAGCUGCUCGAUAUUACUGUAGCUUAGAGGGGGGGCUUCGCCGUCUGAGGCAGUUUUAAGGCCCUGCUAGGCAGUCGAUUCGGCAACAGCAAAAAAACAAAACAAACACACACACAAAAAAACAAGCGAUACGAAAUCCAAGCAUUCGGCUCGCAUCGAUUUUGUUUUGGCUGCUUUCACUCCACCGCACGUCCGCCUCGGGUCUAGAUUUGCAGACCCGCUCCUACUAACGUGCGUAAUGUAUGUAGAGAGGAAACACAGUAAAUAGACGGACACGUCCAUCUGCAAUAAAGAGGAAACGAAGAUGGUGAUGAUGGCUUCACCAAAUGUAGCCUCCAAAUGCUCGACAGCAAUGGCGAAGCCUUCCCUCCCCUUGAAGCUGUUUCUCUGGGUGUUUAUUGUCGUUAAUCUCCCUACAAGCUCCUUCCAGACUGAUGACGAUGAUGAAGUGUCUAACAAGACGUGGGUGCUGACUCCCAAAGUGUAUGAGAGUGACGUCACACACAUCCUAAACAGCCUACUAGAUGGAUAUGACAACAAACUCAGACCUGAUAUUGGAGUCAAGCCAACAGUGAUCCACACAGACAUGUUUGUCAACAGCAUUGGUCCAGUAAAUGCCAUCAAUAUGGAAUACACCAUCGACAUCUUUUUUGCUCAGACCUGGUACGACAGAAGGUUAAAAUUCAACAGCACGAUGAAGGUUCUGCGUCUCAACAGCAACAUGGUGGGGAAGAUCUGGAUCCCAGACACUUUUUUCCGCAACUCAAAGAAGGCCGAUGCUCACUGGAUCACCACACCCAAUCGCAUGCUUCGAAUCUGGAAUGAUGGUCGAAUACUCUAUACCCUCAGGUUGACCAUCGAUGCAGAGUGCCAGCUUAAACUGAACAACUUCCCAAUGGAUGAGCACUCAUGUCCCCUGGAGUUUUCAAGCUAUGGCUACCCCAGAGAGGAGAUUGUGUACAAGUGGAAAAGAAGCUCAGUGGAGGUUGGUGACAUUCGCUCCUGGAGGCUCUACCAGUUCUCCUUUGUGGGCCUGAGGAACACCUCUGAGGUUGUCAGGACUGUCUCAGGAGACUACGUGGUGCUGACCGUCUUCUUUGACCUGAGCAGGAGAAUGGGCUACUUCACCAUUCAGACCUACAUCCCAUGCACCCUGAUUGUUGUCCUCUCCUGGGUAUCGUUCUGGAUCAACAAGGAUGCAGUACCUGCCAGGACAUCAUUAGGUAUCACCACUGUGCUGACCAUGACCACGCUGAGUACAAUUGCCAGGAAAUCCCUUCCAAAAGUUUCCUAUGUGACUGCCAUGGACCUCUUUGUGUCUGUCUGCUUCAUCUUCGUCUUUGCAGCGCUUAUAGAGUAUGGCACGCUGCACUACUUUGUCAGCAACAGGAAGCCGAGUGCCAAAAAGGACAAGAAGAAGAAAAACCCGCUCCUCCGGCUCUUUUCCUCAAAGCAGACACCCACGGUAGACAUCCGUCCACGCUCUGCCACAGCCAUUCAGAUGAACAACGCUACGCAUAUGCAGGAGCGAGACGAGGAGUACGGUUAUGAGUGUCUGGACGGGAAGGACUGCACCAGUUUCUUCUGCUGUUUCGAAGACUGCCGCUCCGGAGCCUGGCGGCACGGCAGGUUGCACAUCCGCAUCGCCAAGAUAGACUCGUAUGCACGCAUCUUCUUCCCCACUGCUUUUGGUCUUUUCAACCUGGUCUACUGGGUUUCCUAUCUAUAUCUCUAGGCCGGGGUGUGGAGCCAGCCUAAUCAUACAGUUCAUUACAUUCUACAUAUGCUCUGCGGCAGCAAGGGACAUUUUGAAGGAGGGGACCCACUGAAACACCCAACGAUAUGAUUCAAAGCAUUUCCUCUAAUUCCUUGGUUUUAAUCUCUCAUUUGAUAACUUUUACAGACAUUGCAAAUGUUGUAGCAUUACAUUUAACUGGUAUGAAGAGGUUUGUAGAUGUGUUGUGAAAGCAUCGAUUGUGUGAGCAAUUAACAAGAAUCUUAGUUUAGUUUUUGUGUUCAUGAUUUUAUUUUAGACCUUUUAUCUGGAAUUUCCUGUUAAUUUCUUCUCAAUGGGAUUUUUACCCAUUGUUUAUUUUUAGACAAAUGUGUUCCUUGCAUAGUAAACAGCUUAAAUAAAUAGCAAUUCAGAUCACAGCAAAUGCCUAUCAGAAAACUCUAAAAGACAUUAACUGUGUUUUAUCACUUAUUUUCACUUGGGUUUUUUUUUCACUUUUUUUCAACAUGCUAAAACACAAAAUCUGAUGCACUUUAAUAGAGCUGUAUUAGACAGUGACAUUACAAUUCAUUUUGACGAUGCUAAUUUAUUUUCAAUUGAUUUAGCUUAAAUGUUGGUACAAUUAGACAUUGUAUUUUUCAUGUGUGGUCAGAAAGAGAAGAUGCUGUUUAUGGACAAUGCUCAACUGUACAGAAACUGUAUAUAUUUUACUAUUACAUAGUGGUUUACAUUUAUUGCAUGCACCUUUCAGGCCAGAAAUCCACAGGUUUUAUGGUCUUCUAUUGUUGGCUAUGGAAACAAAAAAUGAGCAUUGUUGAUUAUCAUUCAGGACUUAAUUAUACUUUUUUCUAGGAAAACUGAAAUUUUAAUGAUAAAAAUGCGCCCAGUUUAUGUUUUUAAGUUGAGGAAUCGUCUUUGCAUACAGGUGGGACGAUCAGCCCAGAGUUUCAGGCAAAGCGACUGGUUUAAUCAUUUUCCUCGCAGCCAUUAGCUUACAGUAUAGACAACACUGACCUCUCAUCCUCUUCUCCAUUUGCUGUUAAAAGCGAGCAUUUCCAUAAUGACACACUGCUGUUGUAUUUUGGUUAUGCAAGCUUUUACGAGACAAACUGGGCUAAAAAAAAGGUUUUCUUAUAAAAACAAAUAUUUUUUUGCUCUUUACAUUAGCAGAGUGAUAACUGCAACUGCAUAACCAGGCUGAGUGUUGCCUUCAAAUAGAGGAAUUCAGACUAAUCUACACUUUAAUGCAAAUGUCUAUUGAGACAGCUGCAGGGUAUUUUGAAAUCCCUGCAGUUAAAUAGGGUUCAUUAUGUCAUCUUUCUAAAAUGAGCAACAAAACAAACAAAAAUAUGAAUUGAUAAUAAAUUAAGACCUUCAUUUUAGUAAAAAAAUGAUCAGCUUGUGUCAAGAACAGAUGUGGAAGCCUAUAAUCAAGCAGCUCAAUUCUUGUCUCUUUGAAAAGAACCACAUUGGGAAUGUAAAUGAUCACAUAUUGGGCAGAAUAUUCCUUUUUUUUUUUUUUUUUUUUUUUUUUACUUUUUUCCCAUUCAAAUUUCCUUUGAAUGCAGUAUUGCGUGAGGAGAGCAGAGAACACAGCGAAAAUAUCUGAACUGUAAAUGUUGUGUAAGAUAACGUAUAACAGUCUUGAAUUACAGCCCCUAACAGAUCAAUUUUGAUAGACACCAGUAUGCAACAAAUGGAGACAGUGCUUCAGUAUGAAGUGUAAACUCACAAGGAAUAGGUGUAAAUCACAUUGUUUAUGUACAUAAAUUAUAAACGGAAGAAAACACUUGUCAAGCCCUUGGGAUUUUGUAAAAGGGUAUAUAUUUUGUAAUUUCAGCAUAGUUACAGUAUAUCAUCAUACAGUAUACUAGACUUAUUGUAUUAUGCUGGACUGAACCGUGUAGAAUACUUGGGGGUAAUGGGGUAUUUAUUUAUUUAUUCAUUGAUGGUAUUUAUUUAUUUAUUUUAUUGAAAGAAAAUGUAUUUUAUGUUCAUAUAGCCCCUGAAAAGAAACACAGAAUGCUGUCAUUUAUAACAAAGAGACAUUUUUGUUUGAUGUGUCAAUGGAGCUUGAGCUUAUUUAUCUUGUGUUUUCUAUGUUGUGAUUGAUGUACACUACUCUCACAAAGGCCUGUCAAACUUGUUAUAUCUGUUGAAUUAGUAAGUUGCAACAUUACCUGUUGUGCAGCUUCUGAGUAGUAAACUUUUCUUAGGGGAAAAAAAACAAAAAAAAUAACUGUUCCCAAGCCACCAGAAGAAGAAUAUUUGCUUGUCUAAGUGACUAUUAAUUAUUUACACUUUUUCCACCGCCACAAGUUUUCAUUGGUCUUGAUAUUUGCCAUCAUUAAUAAAGCAUAAGUGAUGAUACUAA